UAAAGCCCAUUCCAACCUGCGCUUCCAUCUCUUUCCAUUCGCCUCUAUCCAUUCGUUGACCCUCAAAUCGCUCUUCACCAAAAUCAAAAACUUUUGAUUCUCAGUUUGAGAUCGGCAAAUCGCUAGCCUCGGUUUCCCUCCUAAAGGGUUAGAAUUCUCACUCCUCACUACUCCUUGUUUUAGGGUUCCUACUUGAAUUUUGGCUCACUCCAAACUGUUAGUCCUCGUUGAUUGGUUGUCUCUUGUACUCUGGUGGCUUUCAGAUCUAGUCGAAUCUUGACAACCUUUUUGAUUUGGAGCUUUACUUACUCAAAUCUACUUCAGAUCUGGGUUUGAUUGCAAUUUUCAUCCUGUUGCUCGGAUUUGUGCGUCAGAGAUGUCGAUUUUAUCGAAAAGCGAUUCGAUUCAAAUCAGGGAUGUUUGGAACGACAAUCUUGAAGGGGAGUUUGCGUUAAUCCGUGAAAUCGUGGACGAAUACAACUACAUCGCCAUGGACACGGAGUUCCCUGGAGUGGUUCUUCGCCCUGUGGGUAAUUUCAAAAACAUCAAUGAAUAUAACUACCAAACUUUGAAGGAUAACGUUGAUAUGUUGAAGUUGAUCCAAUUGGGUCUUACUUUCUCGGACGCGCACGGGAAUCUUCCAACCUGCGGCACUGACAAAUUUUGCAUUUGGCAAUUUAACUUUCGCGAGUUCAACAUCAGUGAGGACAUUUAUGCAAGUGAUUCAAUUGAGUUGUUGCGUCAGUGUGGGAUUGAUUUCAAGAAGAACAGCGAGAGGGGCAUUGAUGUGAACCGGUUCGGUGAGCUUUUGAUGUCGUCGGGGAUAGUGUUGAACGAUUCUGUUCAUUGGGUAACAUUCCACAGUGGGUAUGAUUUUGGGUAUCUCCUUAAGCUAUUGACGUGCCGUGCCUUGCCGGAUACACAGGCGGGAUUCUUUGAGUUGAUCCAUAUUUACUUUCCCAUGGUGUAUGACAUCAAACAUUUGAUGAAGUUCUGCAACAGCCUCCACGGGGGAUUGAACAAACUUGCAGAGUUGUUGGAAGUGGAGAGAAUUGGUGCAUGCCAUCAAGCAGGGUCAGAUAGUUUGCUCACAUGGUGUACGUUUAGAAAGUUGAGGGAUGCAUUCUUCAAUGGAUCUACAGAGAAAUACGCUGGUGUUUUGUAUGGUCUAGGCGUCGAGAAUGGACAGACUAAUUGAAAGUAUGGGACAAUGAUUAAUGAAUACAUGUAGAGUAUGUCUAAGUGUGAGCUCAUUUUCUUUUACUUGUGUACACUUCUGCCAAAGGGUUGUUGUUUACUUGUAACUUUUUAUCUUUGCUUGAUCUUGUAACUCAAACCUUAGAUGGUUUUGUAGCUCGAGUUCUUUGUAAAUCACUUCAGUUAGUGUUUCAAUAAUAAUUCAAUAAUAAUUUCUUAUGUCUGCA